AUGUACUACCAUGAACCGCGACUACACCUUGUACACGUGCUAAUCAAAGUCCGCGGCGCCGUGCCGCUCCUCCAACACAAGGUUACAGUAUGCUGGUAUCGACCAGAUCGUGUGUCAUCCUCGCGUGAACGUUCGCCGCGUUCAUCCGUUGAGGAAACGCGGAAAGCGCACAGAUCGCGGCACGUCCGCGGCGCGAUGAGCGCGGCGACGCGCGCGGCGGCAUCGCCCGCGCGGGCGUUGAGAUCAGAGAGGAUCGCUCGGAGCCGCCGCCGGACGACGACGCGACGCGCGCGCGCGGUCGCGCACCCCGGCGCGCCGAGCGACGCGGACCCGUCCUCGUCAUCGUCCGCCUCCGCCUCCGCGCCGUCGUCGUCGUCGCCGUCGCUGGACGCGAUCUUAUCGAACGUCCGCCGCGCGAUGGGCGUCUCCCCGACGCGUCGUCGCGCGGGCAUGGUCUGGGGCGAGGGCGUCAACCUCGGGAUGCCGGUGCGAUGGUGCAUGCGACACGACGGCGCGUCGUUCGCGGAAGAGGCGGUGGGCCCGCAGCUGUCCUACGCGUCCGGACACGCGGAGGGCGAGCGCGAGGUGUGGGAGACGGACUUCUCGGGGUACACGCAGACGCUGCAGCUGGACGAUCACGAGGCGGCGCUUCUCGCGGGGUGGACGCGCACGGGGUGGUGGGUCACCGCGGACGCGUCGAGAGCGCUCGAGCUCGAGCUCGUCGAGGAGGAGGAGGAGGAGGAGGAGGAGGAGGAGGACGUCUCCGACGAAGAUUCCGCCGCUGGCGUCGUCACGGUGUCGCUGAGACUGCGCGACGGCGGCGUCAUCGCCGCGCGCGUCGCGAUCGACACGACGACGUGGCUCCCUGUGGGGAUGAAGCUCAACGUGUGCGGCGACGAGGAGGCGUGGACGUUUGAGGGGUGGCACGACGCGCUCGACGGUCCGAGUUCGAGUUCGAGCGGUUCUUCGGAGCGGCGAGGCGGGAUGUUGUACCCGAGGACGACGACGCUGCGAGGCGCCGCGGGGGGCACGCAGACGUUCACGCAGACGGGCGCGCGCGCGAACGCGGGGGUGAAGCCGAGCUGGUUCCAGAAACCGAUCGGCGAGAACCGCGGCUCGGUCCGGUUCAACGCGAACUUACCCCCCGCCGUGCCGAUCGAGUCCGCGCGAUCGUCGCACGUACUCGUGCGCCCGACGAUCGACGGCCUCGACGUCGGCCCGUUCAUCUUGGACACGGGCGCCAGCGGCCUCGUGAUCUCAGCCGCGUCGCGUUUAAAACUCCUCGCGUUCGGCGAGGUCUUCGUCAGCGGCGUCGCCGGGAAGGUGCCUUGCCGCUUCCGCAGGGCGAAGAAGCUGCGGUUGGGUCCGAUCACGGUCGACCGUCCGGUGUUCAUGGAGAUGGACGUCGGCGGGAUCGUGUCCGGGAGCGCGGAGACCGUCGCCGGCAUCGUCGGCUUCGACGUCUUCAAGAGCGCGGUGUUGGAGGUGUCGCCGCGCGGCGAGGAGGUGUAUCUCCACGACCCGUCGACGUUCGUCGCGCCCGCGGCGUGGCGUUGGAAUCCGCUGCUCAUGGUCUCGAACGUCCCGCACGUCGCGGCGACCUUUUCCGGCGCGCCCGGCGGGGCGCCGCAGAUUUUCAUGAUCGACAGCGGCGCGGGCGGCGCCGACGUCAUCUUCCACGCGCGCGCCGUGAAACGGUUGCGUCUCGACCGUUUACUUCCGCCGCCCGGGCAGGAGAGACGCGGGACGUCGGUGCGAGGCGUCGGCGGGAGCGACGGCGAGAGCUCCGGGAGCACGCGCGCGUGGCGCGCGAAGCUGCCGUGGUUGACGCUCUGUCGCGAGCUUCCGGGCGGCGGAGGAGAGGGCGACGACGACGACGGCGACGACGACGACGGCUCCGCGUCGGCGCUGCGAAGAAACGGCCUCGGCGUCUCCGCCGCCGCCGCCGCCGCGGUCGCCGCGUUCGAACACGGGGAGGAAGACGGAACGUCAACCGACGCGUUCCAGGAGACGCGUGGCGACGACGACGACGACGCGCCCCCGCGCGUCCUCCCCGGGGACGGCGGCGCGUUCGCCAACCUCGACGUCUUGCUCGCCUCCGACGCCGGCUUUGAUUUGUCCGAACACUCCUGCGGGCUCCUCUGCGCCAACGCGCUGAACGCUCGACGGGUCGUGUACGACCUCCCGAACCGCCGGUUCGCGCUGCUUCACGACGGCGUGGACGAGACGCGGGGCCUGGAUGCUCCCGGGAUGCGUGGGUUAUCCACCGGGGUGAUCGCGCUCAUGGGGGGCAUCCUAGGCGGCGACGGCGGGUUCGACGUGUUUUGA